CGCGAGAUCUGAACAACGCUUUUAUUUCUGGUAAUGGCGGCGUCCUGUGUGUGUAUACACACACAGCGUGAGUUUUGAUUAUUACUGACUUCAGUUGAAGUUUUAUUGGGGGAAGCGCUGUGUUAUUGUAUUUAAAUGACUGGUAGGAGGAAAUCAAGACGCGAGCAAUUUUCUAACAGAUCUGCGAAUAUCGACCGUCCAGAGUCACACCAACAUUAUUCCAGUUGUGCACGAUUCAGUUUUGCACCUUCCCCGAAACAUUACAUUAAUGGCCCAAGCUUCUGCCUGAGCGCGAUAGUGACACACAAACUAAACACCUUCUGAAGGUCUUUCCCACACACACUUCACGACUGACAGAGGUGUGAGUAUGUCCGAUCCUGGAACCUGCAGUGACACGGUUGUUUUAGGAGGAAAAGGACAGGAGGCAGAAGCUGAUGGAGAAUCACCUAAUGCUGAGCCUCGUCCACCCUGCACUGAACAGGAGGCUCAAUCUGCUGCCAAACAGCCAGCUCUUAGUGAAGGGAUGGAGAUAGAAGACUUUAAUCAGCCUGCUACAUGCACUGUGACAGUAACAGCAGUUAGUGAGGACCAGGACGCUGGUGAAAUCCCAGACAAAGUGUUCAGUCAGUUAGAGGAAGCUGGAGAGAGACCUGGAGAAUUGACACAAAGAGAUGAAGAGUGGCAUGAAAAUGAUGAGACAACCACAGCGAUGGAGAGAAAAGAGGAUGAAGGAGGAGAUGAGCAGGAAAACACUGACACGGAGCCCACAGCGUAUCAGCAUCAGUACUUGGGCCUGGAUUUCAGUCAGAACCUCCAGAUGCUCACAGGGUCCUGGGCAGAAUAUUCACAGACUCCAGAGAACUACCUCAAAGGCUGUAAAUGGGCUCCAGAUGGUUCCUGUAUCCUCUCGAACAGUGCAGAUAAUGUGCUGCGUGUGUAUAAUCUCCCGCCCGAGCUCUACAGCAGCAGCUGGGAUCAGCUCUCAGAGAUGACUCCAGUGCUGAGAAUGACUGAAGGAGACACUAUCUACGAUUACUGCUGGUUUCCAAAGAUGAGCUCUUUGGAUCCAGACACCUGCUUUAUUGCUAGCAGUAGCCGUGACAACCCAGUCCACAUAUGGGAUGCUUUCUAUGGUAACCUCCGCGCGACCUUUCGACCCUACAAUCACCUGGAUGAGCUGACAGCAGCCUAUUCGUUGUGCUUCUCUCCGGAUGGCUCGCAGCUCUACUGCGGAUUUGAUAAGACGGUCCGGGUGUUCUACACGGAGCGGCCUGGCCGGUAUUGUGAGCAGAGGCCUACUGUCGUUAAGAAACAGGGCCAGAGUGGUAUAAUCUCAUGCAUGGCAUUUAGUUCGUCUCAGCCAGUGUAUGCUUGCGGUUCAUAUUCACGCACGGUGGGUCUGUACUCAUGUGAGGACGGAUCAAUGUUUGCUCUCUUGCCCCAACGCCAUCAUGGUGGAGUCACACACCUGCUCUUCUCACCGGAUGGUAACCACCUGUACACAGGCGGCCGCAAGGAUCCCGAGAUCCUGUGUUGGGAUCUCAGAGAUCCGGGUCGGGUUCUGUUCUCACUACCCAGAAAUGUGAGCACUAACCAGCGCAUUUACUUCGACUUAGAUCCGUCUGGCCGGUAUCUUGUGAGUGGUGACACCACGGGUGUGAUGUCAGUAUGGGACACACUCACAGCCCCUCCUGAUGGUAAUGAAGAGGUAAUGAAGAGGCCAGUGCUUCAGUUUCAGGCUCACUCAGACUGCACUAAUGGAAUCAGUCUUCAUCCUUAUAUGCCGUUAGUGGCAUCCUGCAGCGGUCAGCGUCAGUUCCCGUGGCCUGGAGACAGCGAUGACUCAGACUUGGAGGAAGACAGGAUGAUGACAUCCAGCGACAUCAGAGAGGACAGUGGGCUCGCACUGUGGUGGGCAGGACCACUGGGUUCAACCAGUGAACAGGGGCAGGAAGAAGGGAGCACUGCUUGAGAACCUAUCAUCUGUAUCUGCUGCAAUUUUUGUGAACUGGACUAAGAUUUACAAAUUGCCUGAUUGCAGUAAUGACCGUGAUAGGAAUGUAUAUGUGGUGUAUAAUAUCUUUCACAGACAAUCUUACAAACAGCGAGCUAAAGGCUUUAUUGAUUAUAGAGAAGUGUGUAAGGUGUUUUGUAAUUUUGAUGGCAGAGGAAGGGAAUUUAGAGAUCAAUUCAUUUUUAAGAAAGCGAAGGUCUAUGCCUGGCAGUAAACUUUUUUUUUUUUUUUAAUCUGUUAGUGAAUUAUUUUAAUUACAGUUUAAAAUGUAACUUUAUUUUAACUGAAUAUUUAAGGACUUUUUUUUGUUCAUUCUCUUUAGUGCUUUUGUUGCAAUGAUUGCUGUACAGUAGCAGUUUUACUUCUUGUUUUUUUUAAAUAGCAGUUUUUGCUGAUUGUUUAUGGCAACUUUUGAAAAAGACAUUUCCGUGAACACAAAGUUUCUUAAGUGGUUAUGUUGGAGAUAAGAAUGAAAGCAAACACUGAAUCAUUGCUUGGCAUUCUGUGGACUUUCUCCUCCACUGCUCUCCCAAUCUAAUUCUUCUGCUCCGGUGAGACGCUGCUACAUUUAUUACAUCUUCUGUGUGUAGUGCUGCCAUGUACAUCUGUGAAUCAUUUUUUAAGCCAACAAUAACAUGUAUGUAAGAACCAGCUUUUGAGAAUUUUUCUUUGCUCUACAACCCCAGUGAGUCUGGAUAUCCAUUUGUACAUGUUUUUGGGUGUCAGUUGUAAAUGAGGGUAUGACUGCUAUUUGUACUGUGUGUGUGUGUGUCUAUGUCUAUAUAUAUAUAUAUAUAUAUAUAUAUAGUGGAUCUGAAUCUAAUCAACCAUCCCAUCCUGUAUGCUAUUUAAAGGAGGCUACUUGCAGAUUGUAAUUAACUUUGUGCCUGAUCAUUAGAGGUGCAGGUUGACAUUUUUUCACGUGUUUCUAGACCACAAUUAUCAUGUAAUUUCAGAGAUACUUUUGAGAAACUGAUGCAUGACGAUGUCAGGCAAUUCAUUUUCUCAAGUUUGAUGUUUGUGUACAUUUUGUGAACAUUUGUUUCAGGUCUGUGGAUAAAUUGCUGGCUCAGAGCUCCCAAAAACAUGUACUUGGUCUGGGGGGAAAAAAUAAAAAAAGUUCAUUGGUGCAUUACCACUGUAUACAGAA